AUUUGUUCCGUGUAUGGAGUUACUCGGCUAGUGUCUUUUGCCUCAGGCAUCGUGGGCGUGUACUUACGAAGAACAUAAUGUGGGCGUUAACCGUAACUACGAUAUUUAUUUUCGUAAGCAGGACCGAAAAAGGGAGGAAAAAUCGAAUCUCUCUUAUCCAGCGGUUUACCCCACAGAUCAAUGUUAUAUAUCCAUUCCCACGAGCAAAUUGUACAUAUGAUGUUUAUAUUAAUAUCGGUCUGGAUUUCUUGACCGUGCUUCUCCCAAUGGCAGCAAUUUGUCCCCUCAGUGCAUUCCACAGAUUGAACGUUGUUGUCACGGCUAACGAGCAAGUUGGAGAACUAAACUUCAGGGGGUUUUGUUUCCCUGACCCGCCCGGGAGAUGGUAUUGGUGGUAUUUUUGGCAUACCUUACCUACCUUCUUGGUAUGAUUACCGGUACCUAGUAGGUAACUCUGUACGGAGGAAGUAACUCUGGUCAACGGGCCGGGAGAGACGGCAGAUCCGAGUCAUACUGACUACUAUUUAUGUAAGGUAGCAGUAGGCAACUCUGGCCGAACGGUUAAAUAGUUACUGCUAGUAUUCAGCUUGUACCAAUCUUUCUGUACGGUACAGCCCCAGAGUUGUCUUACCCAUGAAUGAGUGGUUGGCUGAUGAAUUGUGAAGAGGAGAUUCAGG